AUGAUAUGGAUUGAAAGAUACAGACCAACUAGAUUCGAGGACAUGGAUGGGCGAAAACAGAUAGUGAAUGCAUUGAAGGGCUACACAAUCGAAAACAUGCCACAUAUUAUAAUGCACGGACAAUCUGGAAGUGGUAAAAAGACAGCUCUGAUGUGCCUGAUCAGUCAUCUGUAUGGAGAAGCUCCAGAAAUGAGGCCUAGAACGAUCGAGGUUACAAGCGGCUCAAAAAAACUGGAAGUUGCAUACACAGACUCAGAUGGAUACAUGGAGAUAUGUCCUGCGAAGUACGGUCAUCACGACAAGGCAAUUAUUCAGGGCGUGAUAAAAGAGAUGGGACAGACGAAACCAAUACUCUCAAUGUUUGGAGGAGCAACUAAAAAGACAGCAAUCAAGCUUGUUGCAAUAAUGUCAGCAGAGCAACUGUCUGUGGAAGCACAGGCCGCAUUGCGAAGAACCAUAGAAAUGUACAGUGGAUGCCUUAGGAUUGUACUUGUGUGUGAGGAACUGUCAAGACUAAUUGAACCAAUAAGAAGCAGGUGUUUUUUUUUAAGAAUUCCAGGAUUUUCGAAUACUGAAAUGGUGGAUGUAAUGAAUAAAGUACUUGAGAAGGAGAACUACAGUGUACCUGUACAGACAUUGACUGAGAUAUCUGAAGAGUGUGUAGGAAAUAUGCGCAGAGCACUGUGUGUACUUGAGCUUUUUUGCUUCAACAUGGCUGAUGGAGAUGGUAAGAGAGUAAAGACACAAGAUAAAUGCAUGAAGCUUGAGUGGGAACUGAUUAUAUCGUCGAUUACAUUGAUUAUAAAAUCAAAGCAAACAUCAGACGGGUUUAUUGAGAUCCGAAAGUUGUUGUACACUCUGUUGAACAGCUGUAUUUCAUCAAGAACAAUUCUUCUUGAGCUGUUUAGGCAGCUUUCUACUGGAGUGGAUUCCAAAAUGCUUCUGCUGCUCUGUAGAAGUGCAUUGAUGUAUGAGGAGAGGAUGAAAAAGGGUACAAAGGGAAUCUACCACUUGGAGGGAUUUGUUGCAUCUUCAAUGUGUGUGUUUGCAGGAGGUGCAUAG